AAGUAACCUCUGCAGGGUGGGAGACAGGCUGCCGCAUCGCCGGAUGCUCCAUGGAGGAGGGAGACCAAGCUGUGCCGCUGUAGCUGAGGACAAAACGAGCUGUGACAAGGAUGGACGAGGGGACGGAGUUAUCGCUGACAAUCUCUCAGAUCGUCCAGCGGCUGAAAGGAAGCCAUUUACACUCUCAGAUAGAGAGGCAGGCCAAAGAGUGUUUACACCAACCCGAGAUAAAACUGGAGUCUCUUAAAGAGGACGUGCGGAAUUUUCUGAAAACAUCAGGCUGGGAGAGAAAGCUACAGAAUGCAGUGUAUAGAGAACUGCAUAUCCAACUCCCUCCAAGCCAUCCCGCAGCUCCUCCAGAGCAUCUCAAAGAGCCGCUGGCCUACAUGCGCAAAGCUCAGGCCAGCUGGGAGAAGCGUAUCCUCAAAAGCCUGAACAGCAUGUGCACAGAGCUGGGAGUCCCCCUGGCUCGCAUGAGGCCUGCAGUGGAGCAGAAGGAGCUCACCAACAAAUGGAACGAGAUGGGCACAGACGAGCCAGAUUUAAGCCGUUUCAGGCCUGUGUACGCCCCCAAAGACUUUCUGGAGGUGUUAAUCGGCCUGCGGAACCCUAACUACGACUGCAGCGAUGAAAUCAGCUCCAGGAGCCACUGGGGGCUCAUCCAGGUCCCCCUCAAUGUCAGGGACAUCCCACAGAUGAGAGAGGCCUACUCAGAGCUGAGCCUGACCACCGGGCAGCUGGGCAUUGAUGACAACACUCACAUCCACCCAGAUUUGUUUGAAAGCGAGUACGUUCAAAUUGGGAAGAAAGUGGUGCUGGAGCAGGACACUGCAGCAGCGCAGCAGUACAGCAGGCAGGGCUGUCCCACGGGGCUGCGGGCAGACCUGUGGGCCCUCAUCCUCAACUCCACUAACCAGCCCCAGGAUGUGAUGCAUUAUGAGCAGCUAAAGGCUGGGGUCAUACAACACGACCUGUUAGUGGACAACCUGAUUUACAAGGAUGUGAAGCUCACAGCCAGUAACGACGACUACUACUUUGUGUUUGAAGACUACCUCUAUCAGGUGUUGCUGUGCUUCUCUCGAGACACCGCUGUCUUGGAGCACUUCAGCUACAACAGCGCCACUCCUCCCAAAUCCUACAUCCAGGGAAAAGUGGGAGUUGAGGAGUGUGCCGUGGUGUAUCCUCCUAACGGUGUCAUACCUUUCCAUGGGUUUUCAAUGUAUGUGGCCCCUCUGUGUUUCCUGUACAAUGAGCCAUCAAAGCUGUACACUGUAUUCAGGGAGAUGUACAUCCGCUAUUUCUUCAGGCUGCACUCCAUCUCCUCCUCUCCUUCGGGUAUAGUGUCUUUGUGCCUGCAGUUUGAGCGGCUGCUCCAGACCCACCUCCCCCAGCUCUUCUACCACCUCCGUCAGAUCGAAGCGCAGCCGUUGCGUAUAGCCUUUAAGUGGAUGGUGCGGGCCUUUUCUGGCUAUUUGUCCACUGACCAGCUCCUCCUGCUGUGGGACCGAAUCCUGGGCUAUAACUCGCUGGAGAUUGUUGCAGUCUUAGCAGCUGCUGUCUUUGCCUUCCGUGCUGAGAACCUGAUGGAGGUGACGUCACUGGCCGCAGCUGAGGCUGUCCUCGCCGACCUUUCAACUCUGAAGGUCAUGCCGCUAAUCCAGAUCUUCCUAUUCGCCACUGCCAUCUGAGGACCCUGGUGAUCGUGUACGUGUGUACGUGUGCACACGUUCGUGCCGCGCAGACGAGUCGGGGCGGGUAAAGAGACCACAAAAAUGCCACUCUGCCAUGUUGUACCCACGCCAACGCCACCCAUCAUCCAUCAAGAGAUGCCAGCCUAACUAACAUGUAGCUAAGGGAUGACAUAUACAUUACAUGAAUUGCGUUCAUCAUCAGUUAGUCUUGCACUAGGCCAAGCAAAAAGCCAAAUCCCCCUCAGUACACAUAAUCCAUAAAUAGUGAAUAGCCUGUAUCAUGUUAUUAGAUAUUAUACAGUAUGUAAGUAUAGCCUGCAGACGAGCAGGCUAAGCUAACCUCCUUAAGCCAUAUGCCCUGUAAGUAAAAUGAUCCGUGCAGCAACGCUCGAGCUGAGAGGCUCAUUAGGAGAUGAGUUGCAUGAAGCAGUAAUUGUAUUGUGAUAGCCAUGUGUGAGAGAAUAACAGUAAUGUCUUUGAGCUUGGCUAAUGAAGUGUUAAUUAGAUAUUUUGCUCAGUGGCUGGCGCUUGUUAGAUAAUGCUACUGCUGAUGAAGGAGAAGAUUGGAGGCUCUACCCUGCACCAGCACGUUGAGGCAAAUAGUCAAAAGCCACAUUUUAAUUUAUCUGUAACUACUGUAAUGAUAGAUUUUGAAGCUGCUGUAUUUGUACAUAAAUGAAACACAAAGAAACGGUUCAUGACUGUAUUUCAUGGGGGGAAGAAUUAGCUCCUUCAUUCCCGUUAUUUAUUAUGUUACUUUAUCAAACUGAGGGGAUUUUAUGUGUUUUGUUUCAUUUUUAAUUUAAGGAACUGAUGCCUGUGUCUGCAUUGCACUAAACAUGACCUUUGAUUUGAAUGCGUUCAAAUGCAUUUUUUUUUCUUUUUUUAUUGUUAACAGUAUUCUUUGCCAGUCAGUGCCAAUAUCACUCUUUUUGUCCAACCACUGUUCAUCGCACCCUCAGAUAACACAACUGAUUUUUGAACUCAAAUAAACCAGUUUUGUCUCUUGAACA